CUGGCAACACUGAGUCUCAUCUUCGAAAAAAAAAUCGAUCUGAACUUUUGAUCUGUGGAAUUCUUUUUCACUUGUAAACUGAUAAUCAAAUGAUCUGAACUUUUGGAAGCUGUUUUAAAGCUUUUUAAUAGCUUAAAUCUUCGUUAAAUGAGCAAUUAAAUCUUUCAAAAAUGUUGACCGUAGAAAUCAGAGGACAAAACAAACACCAGCUCGAAGUUGCUGAAACCGAUAGCAUCAGCGGUAUCAAACAUGUCAUCUCGCAACUGGAAAAUGUACCAGCUACCGAAAUCUUGCUGUAUAGCUCCGGAGCUCCUCUUUUAGACGAUAUGUAUGCAUCGCAAUUGCCAACUUUGACUAUUGACGUUUGUGUACCGUUGUUGGGAGGUAAAGUUCACGGAUCUUUAGCUCGUGCCGGUAAAGUAAAAGGACAAACGCCGAAAGUUGAAAAACAAGACAAGAAAAAGAAGAAAACUGGUCGCGCUAAAAGACGUAUGCAAUACAACAGACGAUUCGUUAACAUCGUACAAACAUUCGGAAGAAGAAGAGGUCCUAAUGCCAAUUCGUAAUUGUUAUGAUGAAUGAUUUGUAAAUAUAGCUUUUUACGAAGUUUC